AUGGCCACCAUUAUGAAACGCCAAAAAGAUAGCCUAUCAUAUCUGGAACAAGUUCGACAACACUUGGCUCGUUUACCUUCAAUAGAUCCAAAUACUCGUACAUUAUUAAUUUGUGGAUAUCCAAAUGUUGGUAAAUCUAGUUUCAUGAAUAAGGUUACUAGAGCAGAUGUUGAUGUGCAACCUUAUGCUUUCACUACAAAAUCGUUGUUUGUUGGGCAUAUGGAUUACAAAUAUCUUAGAUGGCAGGUAAUCGAUACUCCCGGUAUAUUAGAUCGUUCGCUUGAACAGAUGAACACCAUUGAAAUGCAAUCUGUCACAGCCUUGGCGCAUCUUCGCGCAUGUAUCAUGUUUUUUAUGGACCUCUCAGAACAAUGCGGAUAUAGUGUUGCAGAACAGAUAACACUAUACCAAAAUGUCAAACCACUUUUUGUCAAUAAACCAACAUUUAUUGUCAUAAAUAAAAUUGAUGUCACGAGACCAGAAGAUAUACCUGCUGAAGAACAAGCAAUGCUAAAAGAAAUUUGCGAAAAGGAUGAUGUUCAGAUAGUUCAACUGAGUUGUCAUACUGACGAAGGCGUGAUGGAGGCGAGAAAUUUGGCAUGCGACAAAUUAUUAGCGGCUCGUGUUGAUUUCAAAUUGAGAGGUUCAAAGAUCAAUGAUGUUAUUAACAAAAUUCAUCUCGCUGAACCGGCCGCGCGUGACGAUAUACCACGUCCACCUCAUAUCCCCGAAGGAGUGAAAAGUCGACCUAAGUUUGAUAUCAAUGAUCCUAAAAGACCCAAAUUGGAAAGGGAUUUGGAAGCAGAAGGUGGCGGUCCUGGUGUAUAUAGUGUUGAUCUUAAGAAAAAAUAUGAAUUUAAAAGUGCCGAAUGGAGAUAUGACGUAAUUCCAGAAGUUAUGAAUGGCAAAAACGUUGCCGAUUUUAUUGACCCAGAUAUUGAAGAAAAAUUAGAUGCUUUAGAGCGUGAGGAAGAACGUUUGGAGGCUGAUGGACAUUACGAUUCAGAGGAAAACAUGAUAGAUUCUGAAGAAGAAGAAAUGAAUAAAGUCGCCGAAGCAAUUCGUGAAAAAAAGAAAUUAAUCAUACAGGCUCAUAGAGCAAACAAAAUGAUGAAAAAUCGACCAAUUAUGCCGAGAACGGCUACUAAAAGGUCCAUUGAUGAAAUGGAAGAGAAAUUAGGUAAACUAGGUCUUGAUACAAGUGUAAUUCGUUCACGUAGCCGAACAAGAAAACGCAAACGAUCCGAAUCUGUUGGCGACGAAAUCGUUCGAGACUCUUUGAGCGUUACAAGAGACGCAUCUACGUCUCGUGAUCGUAGUAGUUCUAGAAUGAACAUUAAGCAAAAGAAUGAAAGUGAAAAACAAAAGAAACUUGCACAACGGAAGCCUAAUUUACAUGCCAGAAUUAGUGAAUCUGACAGAAGCAUUAAAUCUAAGAAACCUAAGCAUUUAUACAGUUCCAAGAGUAGUAUUGGAAAAAGAGAUUGGCGUUAA